AUGGAUGAAAGUCUUCCUCGUCCUUUCAAGUGCGCCACAUGUAAGAAGGGGUUUACCCGUCAGGAGAACCUCAAGCGCCAUGUAAAUACGCGUGAGCCAGCCCAUCUUUGUCGAAAGCGCAGCAUGAGAAGCUCACCUCCGUCAAGAUCACAGAGGCAGGAAUGCGCCAUGUUUCCCAUGCAACCAGUGCAGCGCACGAUUCGCGCGGAGGUACGGCCCAGCCAUCGCGAUCCUGCUCAGCUUCAUAACCCAGCAGCCAGUACUUUGCUAGCAUUCCAGAUCAGGUUUGCUGACAACAAUGAUAGCGAUCUGAGGAAACGACAUGUAGAAAACUGCCAUGUCUCCUCCCAAGCUUCACCACCCAAGACGGCACCUCCUCCUCCUCCAGCCAUUAAUACACCACAUAUCGACUCGCCCAGCACGACCGCUUGGAUGGACGUCUUAUUGACACACCCACCGCCAGCUCAGAAUGAAGUAGCAGAGCCAAUGCAGCAGCACACCCAGACCUAUGAGCCUCCAUCUUCAGCAAUAUCCAGCGAGAUUCGAUGCGUCGAGGCUUUCUUCGAUGGGUUCCACCGGAACUUUCCCAUUUUACACGAGGGAUCAUUCCAUAUCGUAUCGACACAAGUUCCUUUGUUGAACGUAAUCACCGCUGUCGGAAGCCUCUACUGCGAGUCUCCGUUCGACGAGGCCGCUCGGAAGGCCGUGUUCGAGUCUACUCUAUCUGCACUACAACAAUAUGUCGAGCAGAACCGAUCACGAUACCAAGAAAUAUGGGUUCUUCAAACUUUUCUCCUCCUUGAGUUCCUCGGCAUCUACGGCGGCAACGACACGAAUUUUCUCAAAGCUCAGCGCAUUCACCGGGACCUAAUUGACGCGAUACGGCUUCUCCAGAUGUCCCAAGACAGUUCCCUAGAGUCUCUGUCUACCAGCUGUGGUGAAGACAGUGGAUAUGGCGAGGAGGGCGACGAAGACGAUAUCAACGAACCGGUCAGCGCCGAAGCGCUCAGUGAUCAAUGGCAGGACUUCAUCAAGAAGGAAUCCAAGAAACGAUGUGUCUACAUGCUCUACCUUCUCGAUUCGCAACUCGCCAUCCUCUGCAACCUCAGACCCAUGCUCUCCUCGCUCGAGAUCAAGUACGAUUUGCCCUGUUGCGAGGAUAUCUGGCUCGCCCGCUCCGACAGAGAUUGGUACGAGCGCCGCCGGCAACGAUUCAAAUCCUUUGACGAGCCCGACGACAAUGCCUAUUCACACGAGACACCCCCGUCGCAAGGCUUCUUUUAUGAAGCUUCGCAGACGCUCCUGCAUUCAGGACGCGGGGACGACAAGGACAAUGGCGGAGGGAAACGGCAGCCCAAGAAACUUAGGCUUCUAUGGGCUUCGCCUUUUGCCGCCGUCAUCCUUGUCACUCAGCUCCAGAUGAUGGCCCGCGAACUCACGCAUGCUAGUUGUCUACUGGAACGGCCCAAAGCACAGCGCCGAGCCCUUUCCAUCUUGACAGACAAGCAGCACGCACAGAUAUCGCAGGCACUGAAAGGGAUUGCCGAGUUGGUACCGCGUAACCAGAAGCCCGUCUUCAGUUUCUUUGACUUUGGGCGCAUGGACGUCCUUCCAGACGGCUCGGAUCAGACUCCGCUAUGGCACACGUUUUGGAUACUAUGGUACUACACAUCCAUAACUUUAUCACACCCGGACUCGCUCUUGGUGAGCGGUGUUGUUGAGUCUAACCUUCCUCUGGCAAUAGCUACCGCCGGCCACCUUGCAACACCACGCUCCAAGGACAAGCGAGAUAUUUACGAAGACAGGGAUGUUUUUAGAAUACUCAACGAUCUCGAAAUGGCCCUCGAUCUGUUAAACCCUAUAAAGUCGACCGCACCGCCUUCUCUCGAAAAUCCCUUCAUCACACUGCUCGGCUUCAAGAUCUGCCUCGUAGGCUGGCGCCUCGUACGUCUCACAAUGCCCGCGGCUCAGCGCAGCAGCGUCGGCGAUAUGACUGGGCAUGGUGGGAUGGGUAUGGGACUGGGCAUGGGAAUGGGGAACAAUGCCAACAGCCGCUCUAACCCCAGUCGCUUUGUUCUGGAUGCCAUCAUGGCCUGUGUCGGGAAUGCCGGAGACGAUGAUGUCGAAAAUGCGGCGGCUGCGCUGGCUAUGUUGGAUGACAGGCCUGUUGACCUUGCACGGAGUGAGGUGCGGUUCCUGGAAUGGAUCGUUGCCAACUUCAACAAGCGCACGACUUGGCCGGUUGGGAAGUGGGUGUCUACGGUUAUGGAGGAGAGCCUUUCCAAGGCGAGGGAAGCGUAUGCAGCACCACUUAGUGAAUGA